AUGUCAAAUAAUGUUAAGAGCCUUUCAGUGGGAUUUAAUCCCAUAAACGAGAGCAAUAUUUUCACUAGUGGCGAUGUGAUUACUGGACAAAUUACAUUGGAAUUGUCGAAAGAAUGCAAAAUAGACUCACUCUACGUGAAGCUGAAGGGAAAAGCAAAAGUCAAAUGGACAGAAAGUUACGGAAGAACAGUCGUAACAUACCAUAGCAAAGACAAGUACUUCAGUCUCAAGCAUUUUGUCAUUCAGGAGAACCAAGCCAGUCUGAUUGUACAUUGUGUUGUCACAUCUUACAGAGAGCUGCCGUCCUCCUUCCAUGGCAAAUAUGGAAAGAUCUUGUACACACUGGAAGCAAACCUGAGCAGGUCGAUGAAGAUAGACAGCAAAGCCAAGGCAGAGUUCACCCUCAUCCACAAAGGAAUCCCAGAUCCAAUGCUGAUGAUUCAACAGCAAGGUAACAUCGAUAAGAAGAUGAAGCUCUUCAACUCAGGAACAGUAGGCAUGGAUGUGAACAUUGAAAAAACAGGCUUCCACCAAGGCGAAGGCAUAAAGGUUGUGGCUUCCAUUCAGAACCGUUCAUCUCGAAAAAUUAAGCCGAAGUACUGUUUGUAUAAGAAGUACAGUUACUUUGCAAGUACGAGGAAACUCGAAAAGGAGGACAUCGUGAAAGAGGAGAGCGAAGCCAUCCCACCUUCUGCAAGUCAGACCGUCACCAGGAUCCUCACCAUCCCUCCCACCACACCGGCAUCCAUCUUAAACUGCAACAUCAUCAAAGUAGAGUACAGACUCAGGGUUUACCUGGAUGUCAGGCAUGCAGAGAUCAAGUUCCCCAUAGUCGUCCUUCCUUCUCCAGGAGGGCCUGAGGAGGUACAGUCACUGGCCAAUCCUGCCUAUGGAUUUGAAGCAUUUCCAAACUCCUCAAUGCCAGGAGGGACCAGCUUCCUACAAAACCCAACAGCCUCUGCUCCUCUUACUCCUCCACCAACCUAUGGGUCAUGGAUGAACCCGUCCUUGAGUGGUUUUGACAGAAAGUCCAUGAGCACAGGGUUGUAAUUGAACUCACAGAAUAACUCAGUGUUACAAACAACCAUGAUUAAGUAUUAAACACAUUUUUGCUUAAGCUGUGUUACAUUGACAAAUGGCCAAAAAAUGAGAGCACCAUAAAGACCUAUCUGUUUUAAAAUAUAGGAUAUUAUAAGAAUCUUUAGAAUAGGAAUCACUUGUUAAAUUGUCAAAAGAACAGAGAAAUAUACCUUGAAGGCACUCCAUGAGUGACUGACAGGGACAAUAAACUGUGUCUUCAAUCUGCUGUAAAUCGCUGUAGGUAUUAUGUUAUAAUAAUGCUUGUAGCACUGAAUGCUGUGUAGUUUAUAAAACGAAAUCUGUCGUAGAGAAUGGAUUAACUUCAGUCCUCUUUGUUUCGUUGAUCAGCUCCUUUGGUACGAGGAUGAUCCGAUUUGAAAUGACUUUCUUCACUUGAUGUUAU